AUGAGACCCAAGCUGUCUGUUGUCACUUCGACCGCGCAGAGCCUUACUCGUCCUUCAUUAUCGCUCAAGUCUCCUGGCCCAUUCCCCCGCACGCCAAACUCGCCGGUUCCCCCAAGCCCGGGCGGAAAGCGUUUCUCGAGUAUUCAAGCGCAAUCGUACGGUUACACCAAUUCGUGUAAAUCAAAGAGCAUUCUCAAGAAGCAACCAAUGGCCAGUGCAACCAGCCACGCAGAGAAGCGAAUCCAGUUCCAAGGUACGCCUACCGUACACUGCGUGACGCCAAUCGAGAACCCCGAGGAAUAUUACGGCACCUACACGAAACUGUCAAAGGAAGAGCGACGCUGGAUGGUGCGUGAAUGA